AUGGCAUUUAUUAAAAUUUUCACAAUUAUUGCCAUAACAUCACUGGUCAGUGCUGAGUAUGAUGAUGAUGGUCAUUCAGUUGGAUAUAGUUAUGCAAAGUUUAGUGGACCUGUCAGUGGUCCAGCAAAGGAAGUUGUAACGCAUGAUAAACAUCAUGGAACUUCCAUUGACUAUGUCGCAAAGCCAGAUUAUCAAUUCGAGUACGGAGUUGAAGAUCCAAAAUCACACGUUUCACAGUUCCGUAAAGAGAAUCGACAUGACGACGCAGUUGUUGGUGAAUAUAGCUACACAGAUCCACUCGGUCAUGUGCGACUUGUUAAAUAUACAGCAGAUAAGAUUCAUGGUUUCCGUGCUGAAAUUUAUGUUGAUGGAAAAUUAGAACAACCUCAUGGAGCUCAAGCAGUUCCACAAGAAAAUCAUCAUUAUCAUCCACAACAUCAGCAGACAAGAGAUUAUGAUUCACAUGAUGAGGUAAAGGAGGUUAGUGAAGAUGAAGAAGGAGGUGAUUACGAUAGCAGUGAAUAUUAAGUGACUUAGAAUGAUCAAAUUU